UUGAGGCUGAUUUUCCUGUUUGUGGGGAAAGGUUGGUGCUGCAGUUUUUGCAAGAAGCAGAGGAAGGGAGCAUGCGUGCUUGGAUUGCUACAUUGUGUUCAUUGUCUCUCCUUCUGGUUUCCGUGUCUUUCCUCCAAUGUUCUGUGUGCCGGUCUCCAUCACCGUCAGGGGUUCCAGAGUUGUCUAGAGUCUGACAUUAUCUUUGUGAGAUCAUCCACGUGAAAAGCACACACACACACACACACCAGUCCUAUGCAAAGGGAGGCCUUGGAAGUACCAGGAAAAGUAACUUACAGGCCCAGCACGUCUCUGGAAGGAGACAGGAACCCCAUUGAAGCAAUGUUGUGUGAAAGUAAUAUAGCAUCCCUCAGCAGAGUAUCUCCACAUCAAGUGAAGGAAGAACCAGAAGAAGUUUUGGCUGUGAGAUGGGAAGCCCAAUGGCAGGAGUUCCUCAAGACCACGGAGUCUCCUCACUCAAGCUGGGCAAGCCCACAACUGCCAGAGAAGCCCACCCCAUGGGACAAUGCCGAGGCUUUUCUGGCCUCCUUUGAGCAAGUGGCCGUAGCCUGUCAGUGGCCCAGAGAGGAGUGGGCGUCCCGACUCCUGCCAGCUCUAAGUGGAGAAGUUGAGCAGGCCUUCUUCAGCUUGGAUGCCAGAGAUAGAGAGGACUUUGAGAAGGUGAAGGCGGCCAUUUUGCAAGGAUAUGCCCUCUGCAGAGAGAAGCUGCGUCAACGCUUCUGGCAUUUCAGUUACCGGGAGACUGAGGGGCCGCGGGGGACUUACGGCUGUCUCCAGGAGCUCUGUCGGCGGUGGCUGAAAGUCGAGAGGCACUCCAAGGAGCAGAUCUUGGAACUGCUGGUCCUGGAGCGGUUCCUGACCAUUCUCCCACCGGAAAUGCAGAGUUGGGUCAGACAAUGUGGUCCGGAGACCUGCUCCCAAGCGGUGGCCCUGGCUGAGGAUUUCCUGCUGAGGCAGCUCCAGGCUAAGACACAGGAAAAACAGGUGUCCUUGGAGGAGGCAUCUGGGAGUGUCUCUGAGGCAGGCCAGGAUCCGUCUGAGACUGAGCAGACAGAGCUCUCAGUGGGCAUCAAGGAAGAGGAGGGCGGAGAGGCCAACCUGCUGGAAGCCAGAGGUUGGAUGACCAUUGAUGAAGGGAAGAAAUAUGUGGCAGAAGAUUCCAAACCAGCAGAAUCAGGUGGAAUGUCAAUAUGCAAAGUAGAAAAGAAUGUUUCUCAAAGUCUUGAGCAGGAAAAUGUUCCUGUUCUUUGUGGGGACAUCUACAAGAUCCUCUUUGAAACCACAGUCGAGACAGGAGUUGACGUUGGUAAGAAAUGUAAUGGUGAAGCAUGUCAAAUCUCUUCAGGAUGCAUGGAAAUUAUUGAAAUCCACAGUAAUGGAAGCCCAGUAAGAAAAUAUCCUGUAGAUUAGGAGCGCUGUCGCCAAAUCUAAGACGAGGCCAGCAUGGUUAUUGAGGAAAGUCCAGCAAACGCCAAAAGGUGAUGAGCGACCGAAUGAGAAUAAAGUAGAAAUACAUGAGUCUUCCAAAAGAGCUGGGUGUGAAGUAUUGAAAGAGAA